AUGUUUUCUGACUCUCAUAAAAUGAAACUCAUCGACGAUGCCAUUUAUGAGGUCGAUGCUAAGUUCGUCAAUGUGUCGAACAAGGUUGAUGACAGUCUCAUCGGAGCAAACCCCUCUGCUGAAGAAGCUGGUGAAAACUUAGAUGAUGGAGUUGAGCGGGUCAUUGACCUGGUACAUGGGAAUAGGCUUUGCGAAACUCAUUUUGAUCCGAAAGGUUUCAAAGUUUAUCUGAAGGAUUACCUGAAAAAAGUGAAGGAAUUGGUCGCGAAGAAGGAUCCCGCGCGAGUCGAAAGUUUUCAGAAGGCUGUAGAGACGUACAUGAAGAAUGUCCUGGCUAAUUUCAAAGAUUAUCAAUUCUUCAUCGGUGAGAAAAUGGAUCCUAACGGUUGUGUCGCCUUGAUGAAUUAUCGGGAGGAUGGAAUGACGCCUUACUUUGUAUUCUUAAAAGAUGGGCUCGUAGAGGAAAAAUAUGUAGGUUUCGUGGUUACUCUGAUAAUUUUCUUUCCAGUGAUUCUGAUUUUGUAUUAA